ACACCGUCGCCCGACUCGGUCCGCCCCGCCUCCCCCCUCCGCGCUGCCGCCACGGCCUCCCCUGCUCGGACCGCUUCCCUCGCUGCUGCUCUCUGUCUCCCUCCGCCCUGGGAGCCGGGCACUAUUUCUCCUCCCCCUGCCCUGUGCGCUAGGUGCCUGUGGAAUGCUGCGCGCUGGGCUCGGCCGCGGCGGCAGGAUACAGUCACAGCCGGCGCUCACUAUAAGAACCUCCUUGUGAGCGACGCCAUUUUAAGCCUCUCGCUCAGUUCGGCGGUCGGAGCAGCUGAGGCGUUCAGGGUGAGGGGACUAACGCCGCCGCUCCGCACCGUUGCUACCCGGGAGGCAGCGGCGGGAGUGCCGCCGUCAGCGAAGGGCUGAGCGAGGAGGAGAAGAGAGGACAAGGAAAGACGGACCGGAUCGGGAUCGCCCGGGCGGCAGCAGCAGCAGCAGCCGGAGCCCGGGGGGACCUUUCCCUCUCGCCUCCCUGCAACGAGCUCUGAAAGGUAGUGGGAAAGAGUUCUGAGAGCACAACAAGGAACAUGGCAACCCAAGCUGACUUGAUGGAGUUGGAUAUGGCAAUGGAGCCAGACAGAAAAGCAGCAGUCAGUCACUGGCAGCAACAAUCAUAUCUGGACUCUGGUAUCCAUUCUGGUGCCACAACAACUGCUCCCUCCUUGAGUGGCAAGGGAAAUCCUGAAGAGGAAGAUGUGGACACAACACAAGUUCUCUACGAGUGGGAGCAGGGAUUCUCUCAGUCCUUUACCCAGGAGCAAGUUGCUGAUAUUGAUGGCCAGUAUGCAAUGACUAGAGCUCAGAGGGUGCGUGCAGCUAUGUUCCCUGAAACGCUGGAUGAAGGAAUGCAAAUCCCAUCCACACAGUUUGAUGCUGCUCAUCCAACUAAUGUGCAACGCUUGGCUGAGCCAUCCCAGAUGUUAAAACAUGCUGUUGUUAAUUUGAUAAACUACCAAGAUGAUGCUGAGCUUGCAACUCGUGCAAUCCCAGAACUGACCAAACUGUUGAAUGAUGAGGACCAGGUGGUGGUGAACAAGGCUGCAGUUAUGGUUCAUCAGUUAUCCAAAAAGGAAGCAUCUCGUCACGCUAUUAUGAGAUCUCCUCAAAUGGUAUCUGCUAUUGUACGUACCAUGCAAAACACAAAUGACGUGGAAACAGCCCGUUGUACUGCAGGUACACUACACAAUCUCUCACAUCACCGUGAAGGCUUGCUGGCAAUCUUCAAAUCGGGAGGCAUUCCUGCUUUGGUGAAAAUGCUGGGGUCUCCGGUGGACUCUGUGCUGUUCUACGCCAUUACAACUCUUCACAAUCUCCUUUUACAUCAGGAAGGAGCCAAAAUGGCUGUCCGUCUAGCUGGUGGGCUGCAGAAAAUGGUUGCCUUGCUCAACAAGACAAAUGUCAAAUUCUUGGCCAUCACAACGGACUGCCUUCAGAUUUUAGCGUAUGGCAAUCAAGAAAGUAAGCUGAUUAUUCUGGCGAGUGGUGGACCCCAGGCUCUAGUAAACAUAAUGAGGACCUAUACCUAUGAGAAACUAUUGUGGACCACAAGUAGGGUGCUGAAGGUAUUGUCAGUCUGCUCCAGCAACAAACCUGCUAUUGUUGAGGCUGGUGGGAUGCAAGCUUUGGGACUCCACCUCACAGAUCCAAGCCAGCGUCUUGUCCAGAACUGUCUCUGGACUCUGAGAAAUCUGUCAGAUGCUGCAACAAAGCAGGAGGGUAUGGAAGGCCUUCUAGGAACUCUUGUUCAGCUUUUAGGAUCAGAUGAUAUUAACGUUGUGACUUGUGCUGCUGGUAUCCUCUCUAACCUUACCUGCAACAAUUACAAGAACAAGAUGAUGGUGUGCCAGGUUGGUGGCAUUGAGGCUCUUGUGCGCACAGUUCUUCGGGCUGGAGACAGGGAAGACAUCACAGAACCUGCUAUUUGUGCGCUCCGUCACCUCACCAGCAGACAUCAAGAAGCAGAGAUGGCUCAAAAUGCUGUACGUCUCCAUUAUGGACUCCCAGUGGUGGUUAAACUGUUGCACCCACCAUCACACUGGCCUUUGAUCAAGGCCACUGUUGGUUUGAUCCGCAAUCUGGCGCUCUGUCCUGCCAACCACGCCCCGCUGCGUGAACAAGGUGCUAUUCCAAGGCUAGUUCAGUUGCUGGUUAGAGCACAUCAAGAUACCCAGCGACGUACUUCAAUGGGUGGAACACAACAGCAAUUUGUGGAGGGUGUGCGCAUGGAAGAAAUUGUUGAGGGCUGCACUGGAGCCCUGCAUAUUCUUGCACGUGACGUUCAUAAUCGAAUUGUAAUCAGGGGUCUAAAUACCAUUCCACUAUUUGUGCAGUUGUUGUACUCGCCCAUUGAGAACAUCCAGAGAGUAGCUGCAGGUGUACUUUGUGAACUGGCUCAAGACAAGGAAGCAGCUGAAGCAAUUGAAGCUGAAGGUGCAACUGCCCCUUUAACAGAGCUGCUUCAUUCUAGGAAUGAGGGUGUUGCAACAUACGCAGCUGCAGUGCUUUUCAGAAUGUCUGAGGACAAACCACAAGACUAUAAGAAGCGACUUUCAGUUGAAUUGACAAGCUCUCUGUUCAGGACGGAGCCAAUGGCUUGGAACGAGACAGCAGAUCUUGGACUUGAUAUUGGUGCCCAGGGAGAACCUCUUGGAUACCGCCCAGAUGAUCCUAGCUACCGUUCUUUCCACUCUGGCGGAUACGGUCAGGAUGCCUUGGGUAUGGACCCUAUGAUGGAACAUGAAAUGGGUGGCCACCACCCUGGUGCUGACUACCCAGUUGAUGGUCUGCCAGAUCUUGGCCAUGCCCAGGACCUUAUGGAUGGGCUGCCUCCAGGUGACAGUAAUCAGUUGGCCUGGUUCGAUACUGACCUGUAAAUCAUCCUUUAGCUGUAUCAUCUGAAUGAACUUGCAUUGAUUGGCCUGUAGAGUUGCUGAGAGGGCUCGAGGGGUGGGCUAGUAUCUCAGAAAGUGCCUGACACACUAACCAAGCUGAGUUUCCUAUGGGAACAAUUGAAGUAAACUUUUUGUUCUGGUCCUUUUUGGUCGAGGAGUAAUAAUACAAAUGGAUUUUGGGAGUGAUUCAAGAAAUGAAGAAUGCACAAGGAUGAAUUGCAAGAUGGAAUUUAUCAAACCCUAGCCUUGCUUGUUAAAAAUUUAUUAUUUUUUUUAAAUCUCUGUAAUGGUACUGACCUUGCUUGCUUUCAAAGUAGCCUUUCUUUUUGCAGUAAUUGUUGUUAGUUUUUUUUUUUCCAAGUCUCUUGUAGUAUUAAGUUAUAGUGAAUAUGCUACAGCAGUUUCUAAUUUUUAAGGAUUGAGUAAAGGUGUAGAACACUAAUUCAUAAUCACUCUAACUGUAUUCUGAAUAAAGUGUAACAUUGUGUAGCCUUUUUGUAUAAAAAAACUAGACAAAUAGAAAUGGUCCAAUUAGUUUCCUUUUUAAUAUGCUUAAAAUAAGCAGGUGGAUCUAUUUCAUGUUUUUGAUCAAAAACUUUAUCUGGGAUAUGUCUGGGUAGGGGCCAGUAAGAACUGUUUAUUUGGAACCUUGUAUUGGACAGUUUACCAGUUGCCUUUUAUCCCAAAGUUAUUGUAGCCUGCUGUGAUACAGAUGCUUCAUGAGAAAAAUGCAGUUAUAAAAUGGUUCAAAAUUAAAGUAAACUUUUAAUUCA